AGGAGGGGGCGGAAGUGAUGCAGCUAAUCCGUUUAGGUGAUGAUGCGAAAUGUCUCCGGCUCCAGCAGAAGCGACGCAACGACGAACAGGUAGAAGUCCGGCGGGAUUCUGGUGAACCUGUAAGUCCGCAGAGAGAUGGACCCGACCGGGAAGAGCGACGGCGACUGGCAGGGGCUGUUGAACGAGUUUAUCGUUUGCAAGCGGAAGCUGGAGAGUAAGAAGGAAGCUCUGUUGAUUCUGUCCAAAGAGCUGGACACUUGUCAGCAGGAGAGGGAUCAGUACAAGCUGAUGGCCAACCAGCUGCGGGAGCGACACCAGGCACUCAAGAAGAAGUACAGAGAACUCAUUGAUGGAGAUCUGUCUCUUCCCCCUGAGAAAAGGAAUCAAGUAAACUUGGCUCAGCUGUUGAGAGACUCCAGAGAGAAGAGCGUGCAGCUUUCUGAGGAGGUGAAGGAGCUGAAGCAGCGACUGGCAGAAGCUCUGGGGGAUAAUAAGCUUCUGAGAAUGACCAUUACCAAACAGAGGCUGGGCGACGAGGAGAUCGGCACUCGCCACUUCCCUGCACAUGAAAGAGAAGGUCUGGUGAAACAGCUGGAACGAGCCCGAGAGGAGAAUGAGGUUCUGGAGCACAGCGUGAAGUCGCUCACGGAUGAGCUGCAGGACGUCCGAGCCGAGCGGGACGUGUUUCAGCAGAAAGCUCAUCGGCUCAACGUGGAAAUGAACCACAUCGUGGGAAACGACGACGUCCGGAUCCUGGAUAUAGACGCACUCUGCAUGGAGAACAGGUAUUUGCAUGAGAGGAUUAGUCAGUUUCAAGAAGAGGUCAACCUUCUCAAAGCAAACCUAAUAAAGUACAAGAGUGCAUUGGAGAGCAGGAAGAACUCAAGAAUCAACGGCAAGCCAAACAGUAGUGCUUUAACUGGAGUGCUUUCAGCUAAACAAGUGAAGGAGCUGUUGCUGUCUGAGGAAAACGGCUGCAGCUUGCCGGUGACUCCUCAGUCCAUCUCAGACUUGAAGUCUCUGGCCACGGCUCUCCUGGAAACCAUCCACGAGAAGAACAUGGUGAUCCAACACCAGCGCCAGAUAAACAAGGUUCUUGGAAACCGAGUUGCAGAGUUGGAGAUGAAACUGAAAACAAUUGAAGUUUCUGGGCUUUGGAGACUUCCAGGCCUGUCUUAUAAUGUGUCUUUAGGAGUAUAUGGAAGAGGAAAAGAUGGCGUGAACUCUGACCAAGUUAAAUCUUCUGCUUCUUCUGGACAGAAAGAUGAAGUUUCCACCGCAGAGCGCUCCUCUGAAGCUCUGGAGGACGCCUGUGAAACGGAAGCAGAGUCUGGUUUUCAGGCAAACGCACAAUCCACGAUGGAAACGUCUCCCCAGAAAAGUUUACGGGUGUCACCUGAAGAAGAACAACAAGCAGAAAUUGCUCCUCCAUGUGACGUGCCACAAGAUGAAGACUGUCCUAAAGAAACUCAAGCUACAAAAACAGAAAGUGACUCGAAUGUGAGCGAGUCCCAGACAGAUACCAGACGACUCUCGGAGGACUCUUCAGCAGCAGGAGAGGGUCAUGAGCCAGCAGAGGAAACCGUGGAGUCUUUUAUAACAAAUGAAAACAUUUAUGUUGUGUCUAUUUCUGAAGAGGACGUCCACUAAAGCAGAUGUUUAUUUUAGGUGAUCUGGUAGCACAAAGUCUUCCAGAACUGUAUGGUGUGAAGGCAUUAAAUGACAAAACUUUUUGAAAAUAAAGUUUAAAAGUAAAUAUUUUCACUCUAUCAUGCAGUGUCAGCUAAAUUUAAUUUGUUGCACAACAUUUGUGAUUAUUCAACUCUUCCUUUCAUAACCAUCAGUAUGCUGAGCUUACAGUGCCCCCUACUGGCUAAGUAGUGUAUAAAUGUGAGAUGUGGAAGAAAUGCUGCUUUCUGCCUUUGGCAGAGUGAAGAAAUAUAUAUUAUUGCUCUCUGAUGGAAAUUAUUUGCUCUUCUGUGUUUAGAAAGUGUACUGACUUUGUGACACAUUAAGGUUAAUGUAAAUAUAGAAGUAUUAAUGCUGUCAACUACUUAAAGUAUUCUAAUUUGUGAGAAAUAAAUGACUCUUUAGA